UAUAUACAGAGGUGGAGAGAAACAAUAAUCAAUAUUCGUUAACAGUCCUAGUGUUUAGGAGGUUCAUAACUAAUAUCAACACCAUGAUGAUUUUGGUUUUAAUAUCCUGUGCCCUCGCCAUCUGUGAAGCUGGCUACGCAUCACCUUACUACUACUCACAACAUAACUCAGUUAUUCUACCCAACGGAGCUCCUUUAGACACUCCCGAGGUCCAACUAGCUAAAGCAGCCCAUUUCGCUGCUCACGCUAAAGCAAGGUAUGGCGCUCCAGUGGUUCCGUUAUUACACUAUGGUCAACCCCUUGCCCAUAACGCCCUUCCUUUGGACACUCCCGAAGUAGCAGCAGCUAAAGCUCAACAUUUCCAUGACUACGCUGUAGCCGCUCAACGCAACGGAGUCUCCGUUGGACACCUUCAACUCGCCCCAGGUCUUCCAGUCGAUACUCCUGAAGUCCAGCAUGCGAAAGCUGCUCACUUCGCUGCCCAUGCUGAAGCUGCAGCUCGUGCCCAUGGAUCUCACUACAGGAGGCGUCGCGGAGUCUACCCUCUCCAUUAUCCAGUCAUUGACCACAAUGGCGUACCAGUAGAGACCCCAGAAGUGCAAGCAGCAAAAGCUCAUCACUUUGCUGAAUAUGCUAAAGUUGCCAGUCGUCCAGGUCAGAAUAUUCCUGAAGCUGUGAACUACUAUGGUCAUCCUCAGACAAUUCAGUAUGGCGCGCCAGAAUAUUACCGCGGCCCAGGUGGUCCACCAGCCCAAAUCGGACCAGACGGACAGCCCAUUGAAACCCAUGAAGUUCAAGCUGCUAAGGCCGCGCAUUUUGCAGCUCAUGCAGCUGUCAGAGGAAAUAACUAUGGUCAUUUCGGGCACUAUUAAAACCAAUUCUCUGUGAAAGCUACAAAUUGGAGUUUGUAGUUACUGAUGAGAAACUAUAUGUGUCUCAACAGGAACCACAUAGCCUCUUUAAAGUUUUAUAAAAUAGGCGUGAUACCUUUAGUUUACUGUAAAUAUUGUUUGAAAAUAAACGGCAAAACAUAUGAUGUUAAUGAAACUGUGAA